CGGAAAGCAAUCUUUUUCACAUACCACUGUCCCCAAGCAUGAAAAACAUCAAUGAUUUCCCAUGGCCCCUCCUUCCAAGCUUACUUUCCAGAUAACCAAAUACCUAAAACCAUGGUGUUUACUCAUUACAAUCCCACUCUCCGAAAACCCUAUUUCACGAUACUUACUUUUGGGUGCUUCGUCUCAUCAAUGGACGAAUCAUGGAGGAUGAGAAUGGGAUCAAAAACGGCAGCAAAACAACCCAACAACCUCCCUCCGCGACGGUCGACGGAAGAAAACAAUCGACAGAAUGUUUACGAAGCCUUAAAUCCUGAGGAUUUUGAUGAUGUAUUCGGUGGUCCACCUCGCAGCGUGCUUUCCCGCCAAUACUCCGUUGAAGCCGAUUUCGCUAGGUCGACUGGUUUGGUGUAUGAAGAUAUUUUCAGGAAACCCAAAGGGAAUACGGAUUUCGGUGGAAGGAGUGAUCGGACGUUACCGGAGUUUAGAAUUCCGGCGAGUAGAACAAUAGGAGGAAGGCGAAGGAGUGAAGAAGAGUUUUAUAGUGAUAUAUUUGGUAAUCCGAGAAGGUCGAGGUCGAGAUCUAAGUCGCAGACGAACUCAAACUCAAAAUCGUCGUCGAUCUUGAGCUCGGAGGAAUUGAGUCCGUUCCGGCCGGCGGUUAUGGAUGACGACGACGUCUCUUUCUCUUCUUUUGCCUCCAAGCUCAGGCCAAUAAAUGUCUCAUCUAAAUGGAAUACAUCAGAGAAGAUGCAUGAGGUACAACAAAUGGCAGAUGGGCAACUAGAUUCACCUUGCAAUUGUCGUUCCUUUGCUAGAAACCACGAAAGUGAUUGCACACAGAGGUUUAAAGGCUGCGAUUCUGGAUUCUCACGAAGGGUCUCAUCCCCAGAAAUAAUUAGUUUUGGCCCGAAUUCAUAUAACAGUCUCAAGGAGUCCAUAGAGGAUCUGCAAGUCAACUCUCCAGCAUCAGUAGUGUCCUCUUUUUAUCAGGAGGAAGAGGAUGAACAAAUUGAUCCAGAAGAGGAUGACAUUAUGAGCUCCUACAUAAUUGAAAUAAAUCCUAGUAACAGGGAAAGGAUAGGUGAAAUGCAUGGUAUAGAUGAAGCAAUUGCUUGGGCUAAAGAAAAGUGUCAAACAAGUAGUUCAGAAAAAGAAUGGAACAAAAGAGAAGCCGAAGAACACAUGUGUGUUGGAGUAGAAGAAAUGACUGGUGUAAAUGAGAUUCCUGAAGUGCAUAUAGCCAGAUAUGGGUCAAGAGAAUCACCUUUGUUAGAUAAGCAAAAGGAAUGGAUAACGGAAGAAUCGUUACAACAACUGGAAAAAGAUGCAAGCCCGUGUGACCAGAUGGAACUAGAAUUGCUGGAUGAGGAUAUAAAGUUGUGGUCUGAUGUGAAAGAACCGGACAUCCGAUUGCUUCUAUCAACACUACAUCACAUUCUAUGGCCAAGUAGUGGCUGGAACAUGAUACUGUUAACAAACCUCAAAGAUAGCUCAAGCGUGAAGAAGGCUUAUCAGAAAGCACGACUGUGUCUACACCCCGACAAACUUCAGCAACGAGGCGCGACAAUCUCACAAAAAUACGUUGCUGAGAAGGCAUUUCCAAUCCUACAGGAUGCAUGGGCUGCUUUUAUAUCCCAAGAUGUUCGUUCGUCUAUAUUAUGAAAGCGACAAAUUCGGAUGCAAGAAUCUGUGUGGAUAUGGUUAGAUACAUAUAUAUAUACACACACAUAAUGGGAGGGUGUAGCUUCAAUAUAUAUAUAUAUAUAUACAUAUAUGACCACCCCAGAAGAAUUUGCAGGCUUGGUGUGUUUUUGAAGGGAUGAUGAUGAUGGUAAUUCUGACAAGUUACUUGUAAUUUUUGUUGUUUCUGUGUUUAACUUGUGAGAGUGAUGAGAGUAGUAAUUUGGACUAAUAAGCUUGAAAUCAUAUGUUUAAAUGAAGGUUGAUGUUGGUGUUUUUUUUUUGGCAAGUUAAUAUGAAGGUUUUGUUUGAAUG